ACUAAAGCCAAAUCAUUUUGCUAAUCUUCUAUAUGUCGAUAAGAGUGUCUGAGAUAAACUUGGUAUAUAUUGAUGUAAUAUAUCGCCUGUUUGGAUUCAGUCUCAAUUCACUUGUUUUUGAAUAACAAUGGUUUAUAAACUUGCAAUAUUUGUUGCCCUGGCUGCCCUGGUUGGCACCGUAUCGGCAAACGUAUGCACUGACGCUGGUCUGACUACCACCGAUGGGUUCAUUCCACACCCAACCAAUUGCUCCAUGUAUAUAAGCUGCUAUGGAGGACAACCGUUUGAAGUUGCCUGUCCCGUUGGAUAUAAUUUCAACCCUGAGCUGCUGAAGUGUGACUCCAAGUAUGUGUGCGUUGAGAACACCUGUCCUCCAACUGGAAUUGUAUAUCAGCCUGUCGAAGGAUCAUGCACUGACUAUACUCUGUGCAUUGGAGGAGCAGCAUAUCCACAACAGUGUGAAGCUGGUCUAUCAUUUGAUCCGGCAACUCUAAAGUGUAUCCCUGCCGAAGAAGCGCAAUGCGUGGAUAACGAGUGUGAUCCAGCUAUUCCGCCACCGCAGUUUUUCGUCAAUCCAUUCGACUGUACGAUAUUCUUCAUUUGUGACGAACAUUUCCUUCCGGUUGAGUUCCAAUGCGCCAAUGGAACCAUCUUUGAUACAGCUGUCAAUGAUUGCGUUUUGGGUGACACAUGUCCGACAACCGAAACAACAACUACAACCGUUGUUGAUACUACCACAACUACGGGAGACACCACAACAACGGAAGAGACUACAACAACGGAAGAAGUCACCCCUACUCCGUAAAAAAAUGUAAUGAACUAAUUUGAAUGUUCGAUUAUUAGGAAAUAAAUAUUAUGUUAGGCAGCAACUUAUAAGCAAUAUUUCACAUACUGAACUCUGUGAUUAUCGUUUGAUGAACGAAAUUAAACCUAACACAAU